AUGGCGGCCAUGAGCCUCCUGCUUUGGGCAGCGGCCGCUUUGGCAAGUCGGCGGACCUCCUCAGCAGUCUGGGGUCGCCUCCCGCUGCUGGGACAGGUCGCCAGUCACUCUGGAGUCGUAGCUCCAGUACGCCAUGGCAGGCAUGGGAAAAGAAUGUUUACCAUCAAGCCAAUAAACUUUUACGACAGGAGGUACAUGUAUUUGUUGAGAUUCUAUAUUUUAUUGACUGGAAUCUCACUGAUUGUAUUAAUAACAUUUGUUAAUGUCUUUAUUGGUGAAGCUGAACUGGCUGAGAUUCCAGAAGGCUAUGUUCCUGAGCACUGGGAAUACUAUAGCCAUCCUAUAACUAGGUGGAUCACUCGCAAUUGCCUUGAUUCUCUUGAAAAAGAGUAUGAAAAGGGAAUGACUUUUAUUUCUUGGGAAGCUGAGAGAGCUGAGUUAAGGAGGACAGAAAAGGAAGUAAGUCGGCUAAUGCAAGAAAGGGGGGAUGGAGCAUGGUACCAAUAUGAAACCCCCAGCACCAGUCUUCUUGAUUAUUCUCCUAAAGCAACGCCUGACAACUAA